AAUUAAAAAUGCCUAACAGUAAAAGCAAAUCUCGGCAUAGACACAAAGUUAGUCAAGAAACUGGCCGGCGUGAAUUAGUCUCCAGAUCCUUGCAAAGUGCUCAACAUUGUCUGGAGGAUCGUGACUUUGGAACUGCAUAUGCUCACUAUCUCUUGGUAUUAAACAUAGCUCCUGAAUUUAAAAAUGAUGUCAAGGAAGCAUUUCAGUUUACCCUUUUUAAAUGGGCAGAAGAGCUGGAUUCUCUUUCACGAAUUCAAGAUUUAUUUGAUUGCUAUGAGCAUGCCCUGGAAUUAUAUCCUAAUGAUGAAGUUAUAUAUAACAGUAUGGGGGAACAUCUUUUCAGGUUGGGCUUUAAAGAUGAAGCAGCUGCAUAUUUUCAUAAAGCUGUGAAGUUAAACCCUGACUUUCCUGAUGCAAAGGAGAACUUUUAUCGGGUUGCCAACUGGGUGGUAGAACGGUGGCAUUUCAUUAUGCUUAAUGAUUACAAUAGAAAUUUGCUGUAUCAAAAAGCAAUCCAGAAAGCUGUUCAUUCAGGAUAUAGAAGCGUACUUGAUAUUGGAACAGGAACAGGAAUUCUCAGUAUGUUUGCUAAAAGGGCUGGAGCAUCUCCUGUCUAUGCUUGUGAAUUGUCAAAGACCAUGUAUGAAUUGGCUUAUGAAGUGCUAGCUGCAAACAAUUUGGAUGGAGAAAUCAAACUUCUUCACAUGAAAUCCUUUGGUAUAGAAAUUCCAAAGCACAUACCUGAAAGAGUUUCCCUUGUUAUCACCGAAACAGUAGAUUCUGGAUUAUUUGGUGAGGGAAUUGUAGAAAGCUUGAUCCACGCUUGGGAACACUUACUUUUACCACCAAAGCCUAAGGAUGGUAGAGAUGAUUCUAAAAACUAUGGUAGAGUUAUUCCAGCAGGAGCUACUAUGUGGGGCAUGGCAGUGGAAUGCAAAGAGAUACGUAGACAUCAUAGAGCGGAGGUAAAAGAAAUUGCUGGUGUCUGUUUGCCAGAAACCCUGAAGUUUUGCAGUCCAACAUCUGCUUCUCUAAACUCCAGUGAAACCCUUGAACCUUACACUACUGAAAAACUCGGCAGAAUACCUGGUGGUUAUAAAGCUCUUACAGAAAUUUUUCAAGUUCUGACAGUCAAUUUUAAUAAUUUGCAGGAGCUAAAAAAUUUGUCGAUUAGUAAGCCAUCCAAGAUGAAUAUACCCAUUAUUAAAGACGGAAUACUAGAUGCUGUUGUAGUCUGGUUUACACUGCAGCUUGAUGAUGAACUUACUCUUUCUACAAGUCCAAAUGUGGACACCUGUUGGGAGCAAGCAGUCUAUCCUGUACAAAGUCUCCUUGAUCAUUCUGUGAAAUCCGGAGAUGGUGUUGCAAUGGAAAUAUGCUGCCAGGACUGCUAUCUAAGGAUUCAAAAAAUUUCCGUUAAGACUUCAGGAUAUGGAACGGAUGUUGAAAGAAACUUGAGGGAGAAGACCAGUGAAGCUGAACUCUGCAGUGCUCUAGCCAGUCUUCAGACAGCAAGCACCCUGGAAAAUGUCGGCCAAGAAUGUAUGCUAGAAUCCACUGAAAUUGCUUUAUUAAAUAAUCUGCAGUAUCAUGAAUCCUUUAAGAUUGCAAUAGGAAAAGUAUUGUCAUCGUUAAGUCACCAACAUUCAAUGGAUGUUGUUGGUCACCAUGAGCUUGAAAAGAACCAGAUCAAACAUUCUAUAACUGUUGAUCCUCUGUAUAUAUUGGAUGUAUCAGAAGGCUUUUCAAUUUUGCCAGUAAUUGCAGGUAAAUUUGGAGCAGUUAAAGCAUACAGCUCUGUUGAAAAAGAAGAACACCAAGUAGCUCUCAGUUUGAUUUCAGAAGUCAACCAAUUUCCCAGAGAAACAUUAGAGUUUUGGCUUAGUCAUCUACAAGAUGAAAACAAGGUACUACAAAGACCUAAAUCUGACAAAUUAUGGAGUAUUAUAAUUCUGGAUGUCAUAGAAACUUCUGGUUUAAUUCAGCAGGAUGUGAUGGAAAAAGCUGCAAUAUCUAGGUGUUUGCUUCACUCUGGAGGAAAGAUAUUCCCACACCAUGUGAAAAUAUAUGGAAUGCUUGUAGAAUCCAAUUUAUUAUUACUUGAGUCUGCUGUUCAAGGGACAGAUCCCACACUUGGUUUCAACAUAGCACCUUUUAUCAACCAAUUCAAGGUACCUAUCCGCAUUUUUUUGGAUCUCUCCACACUCCCAUAUGUACCUUUAAGCAACUCAGUAGAACUUCUGCGAGUGGAUGUCAUGAAUCCCCACUUGAAUAACAGCAGUACUGAAGUUGAGGUGGAGAUUUGUAAAUCGGGUCAAGUGACUGGUAUUCCAUUUUGGUAUCAUGUAUAUCUGGAUAACGAUAUUGUUUUGGAUACAUCAAGCAAGUCAUCUCACUGGAAACAAGCGGCCAUUGUGCUUGAUAAACCCAUUCAGGUUCAAAAAGGAGAAAAGGUUAUUCUAAGUAUUCAGUAUUACAAAAGCAACAUCAGUGUGGUAGUAAAACAGUAAAAUAUAAAUAGCUUUUCUUAAUUAGUUUUGAAUGUCUAAAUUCCAAAUUUAUGUUAUAUAAUAUAGUAAUCUAUGCAAAGUGUUGAUUUUAAAAUACUUGUUCAAUUUGCAGAAGUUAAUCUGUAUAGAAUAUUUU